GGCUCUGCGAUUGCCCUCUCUGAAGACUCACUGUCGAAUGCCACGUAGUCCUAUCUCUGUUGUAAACACAGACAGGAAGGGUUCUGUACUAUCAAUGGAUUCCUCUGUCCGCGAGAAACGUGACUAGCUUAUGCAACUGCAGGAUGAAGAUCAGGGGAGAUAACUGUUACUUUACUCUGGGAUUUCUGUUGUGCUGGGUUUGUGAAUCCAUAGAUGGUAAUUGAUGGACUUGUGUAACAUGGGAAAAUCAUUAUAUAUACGGCCAGAUUGUCCCGCUCGGACAUUUCAGGAUCGUUUCGAAAGGGACGUGUUUGUUUGUGUUCAGGAAGAAAGGAAUUACGUCUCAAAUAUAUUUUUUUCAAAUUCUACAGAAGCCAUCAUUUAAUUUUACUGGAAUCCUCCAAGGAAGCAUUGAAAGACAAACUAUCCUGAUCCAGAAACACUGUUUAUAACGUGUCUCAGUGGAUAUAUCAGGCUUUGUUCAGUGAAUUAACUUGAUGAAUUGUUUUAAGCAAAUGUAAUGCUUGCCUCCGCCAUUAUGAUCAACAACACAGACCACGAGCACCAGGACUCCAAGAUCAUGAUUUCUAACCAUACUAGCACCAACAGCAUCGGGGAUGAAUACCUCAGGCCUCGUGUCGACUUCACGCCUCCUCUCGCCUUCGUCAUUUUCUACAACGGCAUCGUCAUCCCCGUCGCCUACAUCGGCAACCUCUUCACGUACAUCAUCGUCUGCAUGAUGUCCAAGUACAGAGACAGCGUUCCCGACACCCUCAUCGGAGGUCUGGCAUUAAACGACGUCCUAACCGCCUUCGUCGUGUUCACCCCCAGCAUCAUCGCCUCCAUCAAAGGCGAGUAUUUCAACAGCCGCGUGUUCUGUGAGUUCAGCGCCGCCACCGUCGUCUGGUACAUCUACACCACCUUCGCCAUCAUCGUCCUCAUCAACGUAGAACGAUGGAUUGCAAUCACCAAACCAUUUGUAUACAAACGUAUGAACUUCACGCCCAUGAAAAUCAAAGCCAUUAUAACUCUUGAAGGGCUGUUCUGUCUUCUACUGGCGUCUAUUCCGUUGUUGAAGUAUCCUGUUCGACUCAAGGCUGGGUGGUACUGCGCCAUUACCGACAGCAAGAUGGCGGACGGUUCGCCUGGAGACCUGUACGUCGAAGAAAUUGUUUAUAUCACCGUUAUCCUUCUAUUCAUCGGUAUCAUUGCCCUGGUCGGAUGCAACAUCAGCAUCGCUUAUGAGCUCAAUCAGAACAAACUAUCACAGCCUGGAUCAAAGGAAACAGAGAAGAAGAAGAAGUUUGCGAAGUUGAUGGGCGUUGUUGCCUUGCUGUUUCUCGUCACGUGGUUGCCGAAUUUGUUCGCAAACGUGGCCUGUUUGAAUGGAGUUGGUAAGUGUGAGGAGCUUGAGUUUUGGGCGAUGCGUAUAGUCAACAUGGGCGUCGCUGUCAACCCGAUAGUGUACGGAGUUAUGAAGAGAACUUACAGAAGAGGUUACAUCUACCUUCUACACAUGACCAUACACUACAUGACGUGCACGCUUAUCCCAAAACCAAAAUAUGGGCGUGAAGUCUUCGACCUGCGGGACUCAAUGAAGGUCUGUCGUAGCCUGGCUCCCUUAAAGAUGAGAUCUGGUACCAUGGAUUGCAAAGUCAAGUCAAUUUCUGUCGUCCCCGAAGGAAAGCAACGUUCUGUUGUGCUGUGUGACGAACAGCCAAUGUCGAGUGUACGUACUGUGACAGAGCCGCCAGUUGGGUCUUAUCUGCCUAACACUGUGGAGGCCAGUGACUCAGGCGAUUUCGUUGCAUAAAGACAUGCCGAGUAUCAUUCGCCACCACUCGCAUCUUUCCGUAUCCCACCAGAAGGUAUUCGGUUUGUUCCGGAAUGGGAAAAGUUUGUCAUGAAUCAUUUACUGCUGUAACCCGGAAUCCACCGUGUUAUGACGGAAUCAACCGAGGCAAUCCGAGUAACAUUAUGGCUUGGACUCUGCGGGUUUCUGGAAAGUGUUUUCAGCUGUGGUGAAUUACGAAUGACUAAGGAAACAACAUGUGAGGGUGGUAUGGUAUACUUUAAAAAUCGAAAAAUAUGGCCAGAACACGUGCAGUUUUCUGCCAUACUGACAUAUCAGCAGGUCUGACCAAAGAUAUGGUCACUGGUCUGACAUACUAUCCCACCUUGAUAUCAUUUUCUCACAAUUGUUAAUAAAAAUGACA